AGAACACCAGAGUGUCAGUGACAAUAGGUAACAGCUUCGUGCUCAACUGCCCUCCCAAAUCAAAUAUAACUAUGGUAACAUGGAAAAUAAGCCCCAAGAUUGGAAGCCCCUGCACCUUGGGAUACAGAGCUGAUCAGAACAAGACAGACAGAACAAACUGCAGUGACAGCAUGGACUGGAAAUUCAGACCAGAUUGGGAUCCUGCCCUUGAGAUACGGCAAGUGGGAAUAGCCCAUGAGGGAAAUUACACCUGUGAAGUAGUAGCAACAGAAGGCAAUUUCCACAAGACGUACCACUUGACCAUGCUGG